AUGGAAUAUAACAUUGAGAAAAUAGUAGGUGAAAAAUCUACAGAAGAACCGGUUGCGGAUGUCCCUAUGGUAGAUAUUUUCCUUGAGGACAUUCUAAAUGGGAAAGAUGUUGAUUGUGAAGACUCAAGUGAUGACAAGCCUAUAGUUAGGAAAGAUAAUGUUGUGGAAGAAGUUGCCAACUUGGGUAAUGACAACCCUCGGGAUGCCAUAGAAAAAUCAGUAGAAAUAAAUUUUGAUGAUAAAAAUGGUAGUGAAAAAAUCAAUGUUGAGGAAGAUCUUCUUGAACAAGAAGCUGAAACAGAAUUGGAAGACCUUGUUGGAAAAGAAGUUCAAGAGGAUGUUGUUGAUGAAACCCAAGAACCUUAUCUGGAAAAUAAAGAUGUGUCAGAAAACCAAUCUGAUAUGUUGGAGACAAAGUCUCUAUAUCAAAAGGAGGAUGAGCUUGUAACUCCUGAAAAUCAUGUUGAAAAUGAUGUUGAUGACAAUGUUAGUAACAACGUUAAAGAAAAUGUUGGCAACUCUGUGAAUGUUAAUGAAGACCCUAUUAAUGAGAAUUUUGAAGCUUAUAUUGAUGAAGCCCCUGUUGAUCAUAUUGAUAAUGAUGUUGUGAAUAAAAAAUCUUUGAAGAGAACCAAAACGAAGGUAGACAAGAAGGGAACCGAUCUAAAUCCUAAGAAGAUUCUCUUGCCAAGGAAAAGAAUGCAACCAAAAAGAAAUAUAUUUUAG